AUGAAUAUGAUCUUGGACACCACCGUAUUUUGGGGAAAAUUUUUAUAUUAUUUUUUAGAGUCUUUGUUUUUCAAGAUAAUUCCCAAGAAGAAAAAGGAUGUUUCUGGAGAGAUUGUCCUUAUAAAAGGAGCUAGCAGUGGACUUGGGAGGCUGAUGGCCAUAGAAUUAGCCAGCCUUGGAGCCAUUUUAGUUCUAUGGGACAUUAAUGAAGAAAACAACAUGGAAACAUGUCGACUGGUCAAAGAAAAGGGGGCCGUGAAAGCAUUUGCCUAUAAGUGUGACUGUAGCCACAGGCAAGAGGUCUAUAGAGUUGCUAAGCAGGUUAAAAGGGACGUGGGUGACGUGACCAUUCUCAUUAACAACACUGGGGUCAUCACGGGAAAGCAGUUUCUCGACACUCCAGACCACAUGGUGGAAAGAACAUUUCAUACAAAUGCCCUGUCUCACUUCUGGACUUGUAAGGCUGUCCUUCCUUCCAUGCUUAAAAGCAACCAUGGUCACUUAGUCUGUAUCACAAGCAUAGCAGGGCUGUUUGGUGUCAGUGGACUAUCACAUUAUUCUGCAAGCAAAUUCGCAGCUUUUGGCCUUGCAGAGUCUCUGAAUUUGGAAUUAAGCCUACAACAAAAAAGUAAAAUUAAAACCACCAUUGUUUGCCCAUAUUUUAUCAAUACGGGAAUGUUUGAUGGCUGUACAAUCAAGUAUCCAUUUCUGUGGCCUAUGCUGGAGCAGGAGUAUGUGGCCCAAAAGCUAAACGCUAUUUUAGAAGAGCAAAUUUACCUGAUAAUGCCCCAAUGUUUUUGUGUUCUGUUGCUGUUUAAACAAACACUAGCUCCAAAAAUGAUGAUUGCCCUUGCUGAGUACCUUGGAAUGGAAACUUUCAUGGCUUCUUUUAGAGGGAGAAAGAAAGCAGAAGAAGCUCAGACUGAAGCUGAGAAGAGAUGCCUGGUAGCUGAAGCCUCAGAUGUGCUCAUGAAAUAAAGUGUUAUGAGGAUAGACCAUCUGGAA